AGGAGACCAGAGCAGGAAGAGCAGCGGCGAGGCGGCGGCGGUGGCUGAGUCGGUGGUGGCAGAGGCGAAAGAGACAGCUCCAGGGGGUGGCAGCGGCCGCGAGAGCAGAAUGCGGGUCCGAGUUGGGCUGACGCUGCUGCUCUGUGCGGUGCUGCUGGGCUCGGCCUCGGCGUCCUCGGAUGAAGAAGGCAGUCAAGAUGAAUCCUUAGAUUCCAAGACUUCUUUGCCAUCAGAUGAGUCGGUAAAGGACCACAACACAGCAGGCAGAGUAGUUGCUGGUCAGAUAUUUCUUGAUUCCGAAGAAUCAGAAUUAGAAUCACCAGUUCAAGAAGAGGAAGACAGCCUCAGGAGCCAAGAAGGGGAAAGUGUCUCAGAAGAGAUCAGCUUUCUAGAAUCUCCGAAUCCAGAAAACAAGGACUAUGAAGAACCAACGAAAGUACGGAAACAAGCUCUGACCGCCAUUGAAGGCACAGCACAUGGGGAGCCCUGCCACUUCCCUUUUCUGUUCCUGGAUAAGGAGUAUGACGAAUGUACAUCAGAUGGGAGGGAAGAUGGUAGAUUGUGGUGUGCUACAACCUAUGACUACAAGGCAGAUGAAAAGUGGGGCUUUUGUGAAACUGAAGAAGAAGCCACUAAACGGCGGCAGAUGCAGGAAGCGGAAAUGAUGUACCAGACAGGGAUGAAAAUCCUCAACGGAAGCAACAAGAAAAGCCAGAAAAGAGAAGCAUAUCGGUAUCUUCAAAAGGCAGCAGGCAUGAAUCAUACCAAGGCCGUGGAGAGAGUGUCAUAUGCUCUUUUGUUUGGUGAUUACCUGACACAGAAUAUCCAGGCAGCUAAAGAGAUGUUUGAGAAACUGACUGAAGAAGGCUCCCCUAAGGGACAAACUGCUCUUGGCUUUCUCUAUGCCUCUGGACUUGGUGUUAAUUCAAGUCAGGCAAAGGCCCUCGUAUAUUAUACUUUUGGAGCUCUCGGGGGCAACCUAAUAGCGCACAUGGUUUUGGGUUAUCGGUACUGGGCUGGCAUCGGAGUCCUCCAGAGUUGCGAAUCAGCACUGACUCACUAUCGUCUUGUUGCCAAUCAUGUUGCUAGUGAUAUCUCGCUGACAGGAGGCUCAGUAGUACAGAGAAUACGGCUGCCUGACGAGGUGGAAAAUCCAGGAAUGAAUAGUGGAAUGCUGGAAGAAGAUUUGAUUCAAUACUAUCAGUUCCUAGCAGAAAAAGGUGAUGUACAAGCGCAGGUUGGUCUGGGACAACUGCAUCUGCACGGAGGGCGUGGAGUAGAACAAAAUCAUCAGAGAGCAUUUGACUACUUCAAUUUAGCAGCUAAUGCUGGCAAUUCACAUGCGAUGGCCUUCUUGGGAAAGAUGUAUUCAGAGGGAAGUGAUAUUGUACCACAGAGUAAUGAGACAGCUCUUCACUACUUUAAGAAAGCUGCUGACAUGGGAAACCCAGUCGGACAGAGUGGACUCGGAAUGGCUUACCUCUAUGGGAGAGGAGUUCAAGUUAAUUAUGAUCUGGCACUAAAGUAUUUCCAGAAAGCUGCUGAACAAGGCUGGGUGGAUGGGCAACUGCAGCUUGGCUCUAUGUACUAUAAUGGCAUUGGAGUCAAGAGGGAUUAUAAACAGGCCUUGAAGUAUUUUAAUUUAGCUUCUCAGGGAGGCCACAUCUUGGCUUUCUAUAACCUAGCCCAGAUGCACGCCAGCGGCACAGGUGUGAUGCGAUCGUGUCACACUGCAGUGGAGUUGUUUAAGAACGUCUGUGAACGAGGCCGCUGGUCCGAGAGGCUUAUGAUGGCCUAUAACAGCUAUAAAGACGGCGACUACAAUGCCGCCGUGAUCCAGUACCUCCUGCUGGCCGAACAGGGCUACGAAGUGGCGCAGAGCAAUGCAGCCUUCAUUCUCGAUCAGAGGGAAGCAACCAUUGUGGGGGAGAACGAGACUUACCCCAGAGCUUUGCUGCACUGGAACAGGGCCGCCUCUCAAGGCUAUACCGUGGCCAGAGUUAAGCUUGGAGACUACCAUUUCUAUGGCUUUGGCACCGACGUCGACUACGAGACCGCGUUCAUUCACUAUCGCCUGGCGUCUGAGCAGCAGCACAGCGCCCAGGCCAUGUUCAAUCUGGGCUACAUGCACGAGAAGGGGCUGGGCAUCAAGCAGGAUAUUCACCUUGCGAAACGUUUCUAUGACAUGGCAGCUGAAGCCAGCCCAGACGCACAAGUACCAGUCUUCCUAGCACUAUGCAAAUUAGGUGUGGUGUAUUUCUUGCAAUACAUACGGGAAACAAAUAUUCGAGAUAUGUUCACCCAACUUGACAUGGACCAGCUUUUGGGACCUGAGUGGGACCUUUACCUCAUGACCAUCAUCGCACUGCUCUUGGGAACAGUUAUAGCUUACAGGCAGAGGCAGCACCAAGACAUGCCUGUCCCCAGGCCUCCUGGGCCCCGGCCGGUGCCACCACAGCAGGAGGGGCCACCAGAGCAGCAGCCACCACAGUAACAGCCACCGUGUCCAGCCUUGGUCAGUGACAACCAAGGAAAUUGUCUGUGGAGAACACUUGCAUUGGAUUUAGGACUUCGGAUCAGUGGUCACCUCCUGGAAGAGGCACAAGGAAGCAUUGAAUUCCUAAAGCUGCUUAGAAUCUGAUGCCUUUAUUUUCAGGGAUAAGUAACUCUCACCUAAACUGAGUUGAAUGUUUGUUUCAGUACCGUAUGGAAUAACAACUCUCAGUGCCCCCCCCCCCUUUUUUUUCUGGAAACAUAUGAGACACUCAAUGUCUGCCGUACCCAGCUGUCUUUCUUGGGUCCUUUCGGUCACUCUCUCAAUGUGCAUAAGUUCUUCUAUCAACCACCUUUAAGGUCUUGUGCAUCAACACUAAAAACUGAUCAUUGUAAAAAGGAAAAAACAGUUAGUUGCAAGUUUAACCUUAACAUGUUUGGAAGUCUGAAAAUAGAACUUGCCUUUUAAGUAAAAAAAAAAACAAAAAAACAAAAAAAGUCUUCAGAUCGUUUCAGAACUGCAAUAACUGAGAAACUUACCAAUCCACAUGCAAGUAUACAUAUUCAACAUAUUGGUUAUUUUAAAAGGGAAGGCUGGGAGGUUUCUUAUUAUUGGUGAUUGUCAUACUUUCUACCAUACGUCUCUCCUUCAAAGACUGAAAGGCGUGUUAAAGAGUUUGAUGUGAACUUCACUUCUCUGGAAUGGAAUAUAUAAAACAUUGUGAACUGACUUCUUGAGCUAACAUGUGAAUUUGCCCCCACUUACUCAGUGUAAUUUGCUUGUUUGUUUUGAAUAUACAGAGCCUUGAUCCAGAAGCCAGAGGAUGGACUAAGUGGGAGAAAUUAGAAAACCAUAUUAAAGAACUCUGGGUGGGUUACAGAGAUGAUAGACACACUUCCCCGAAAGAUGAAGCAUUUGUUCCCAGGAUUUUACUUUGCAUUUCUUACUGCAAAAGAACAGAUCUCACCCUCCUGAAUUCUUUAGAUUUGAAAUAUUAUUGCCAGGAUGUGGCAUACAGUGACUACCCUUAUAAAACUAAAACUCAGAGAAUUUAAGAUGCAUUAAACUCAGUGGUUGAGGAAAGCCAAAGCCUGUUUAUACUGUUCAGGUCGAUUUUUACUUCUGCAGUUUUCUAUUACAGUAGAAAGUCAGCCACUUUCUUAGCUGUCCUAUGCACCACCCUCCCCCACUGGUAAAUGUAGGAAAAUCAAGGCUAUGACACUUGAGAAUUGCCUGGUCAAAUAGUGUGGAGCACAGCAACAAUACAAAGAAAAUCGAGGACUUCACAUAUCCUGCAAAUGAAGAACUUUAAACUUAAACCUAAUUUGUAUUUUUAUUGUCAGAUGGUGGUAUUCACCAGCCUAUGUCUAGUCUGAGACUACGUUGGUAUCUGAGCAGGCUUUCUAUGCCUCCUGACCUCAGUCUGUUUAUAGUAACCUUUCUACUAUUUUUUCCAUAAUCCCUCAUCUGCCAGAAAACUUGAAGAGCUUAUUACCUGUAGAGUUGUAAGACUUUGGUUUUUGAAGUUGGGAUUAUAUUUAGAACUAGAUUUAAUGAGUCUGUAAUGAAUGUGAAGGCUUUCAGUGUGAAGUCGUACACUCUUUGUGUGUGUUUUAGAGUAUUAUGAGAAACCUGGUAAGCAAACUUUACUCCCACAUAAUUGCUUCCAAAUUUGAAGAGGUGGCCACAGAACCAUAUGUAUAAGAGAGUAUCCGAAAGGUAGGAAGUUUGACCCUCCAGAGCGUCCUGUUGCUUUGGGCAGCUCUUAAAUAGAAAGAUGAGUUUGACCUCUUACGCAGAGAGAGACUUGAGUGCAGUUGGUACAAUAUAUUGGUCUUCACCACUGCCACUUCUCCCCACCCUUCGAAGAUGAGUAGAGUUCACGGGAGCGGCCACGUUUCAUUUCGAAGGAACUGUCUUAAUGUAUUUAAAUGUUUUAAAACCCUCCAAGAUGACUGAACUUCCCUUUCUCUCCCUCUGCCAUCCAUCCACUUGAUUUCUGCUUUAGCCACAUUUUUUAUCUCUAGCUUUACCUCCCUCCAUUUGUGCUUUGAAGAGACAUUUCGUAAAGCAGCGUGCACUACCUAAAGCCAGAUGGGAAGGCGCAGUCGUGUUCUUCAUGCAAUAACAAACUUCCUGCUAGGUUACCACUACCUGCCCUGUCCUUUUUAUUACUGAUAUUCCACAUAGCCUCUUCCUGGCUUGUUUCCACCACCUGCUUGUCCCCUGGGUCAUUUGCUCCAGGAAAUUUGAACAGUGUAUUUAAAACAAUUUUGUUCUAUGGCUUUGUGACUUCAGUCCUUACGACUAUCUCAAAAUACUUUGCUCCCUUUUUCUUCUCUGUUCAUGGGACAUAAUACCUAGGCAAGUAGGAACUGGGUUUGGUGUUUCUCCUAAAAUAAUGCUCAAUACUUACAUAAUCAAAUGGCAUCCAUUUGAAUAAAAUGACAGUAACUAAAGCUAGUUAAUGUCAGUGACAUUAAACUAACUCCGGGAUUCAGGAGUUUUAAUGUUAGAAUUUAGAGUUAGCAGAUUGAGUGCAGCUUCAUUUCUCUGUGGUAGCCUGUCUCCUGACCCCUUUAGCCUGUCUUCCUGCCUUUGAAGGUGACGACAGUAAUACUUGGCUUAUAUUCUCCUCUGCGUUUGGUUUGUGGUUAGUCAACUGUUCUCAGAGUUUUGAGACCAUCUGUUUGCUUCUAUUUUAUGUUACAAAGGUAGCAUUGGUGUUUGGGUUUUUUGUUUUCUUUAUUUGAAAUUUUUGUUUCUGUUUUCUGAGUAAGGCUUAUCUUAUUUUUGGUUAAUAUUCAGUGGCACAGAAAAAGUAAAAGCCUUUUUUUUUUCCCAAAAUUCAUUAUUUUAGCACUUGAAUGAGAUUAACUUUGGAAUCAUUUACCUUAAUACGCUUGAGGAUUUGUUACCCUUGUGCAUAUAAGGUUAAUUUGUGAAAGUUUUACUGCUAAGCUUUUCUAGCUCUGUACCAUUGGGAAGUUGUAGAAACUUCUACUGUGAUCUGACCAUGAUCGGAUGCUUUUAUUUAAUUAAGGAGCUGCUGUUGCCUCCAGGAAACUUAAGUAUUUUGUAUAGGAUUUUUUUUUUUUUUUUUUUUUUUUUUUGGCUUCAUUUUUCCCUCCUUCUUUGCUCCUUACAUUUGUUCUUCAAGCCAGCAUUUUGGAAGUAUGCAUGCAAGCCUGUAAAUGGAGACCACAACUCUUCAUGUGUGUAGCAUGUGUAUUACUGUCUAGCUCCAUCUGCAAAAAACUUCCUUUACAGAGGUUUGGACUAAUGUUUCACAUGCACAUUUCAAAACAAACAGUGUCAGAUAAACAGCCCCUUUACCUGCCAAGAAGAGCAAUGUGGGCUACUUUGCCCCGAGGACAGCUAGUAUUUGUUCUGGAAGUGAAUUUAAUAUGUGUUGCACAAUAUUAUGACUAGAAGAAUGCAAGAAAUUAAAAAACUUCUGUUUUCAUGAAAAUCUUUUUCCUCACUCAUUGCUCUCCCAUAUAAAUGAAAAAUAUAGUUUCUGAACACCAUAUUGUCUGAGCCACUACCUGAUUUUUUAAAUGUGUGUAGUCCUUGAAGCUAAAUUUCUCCUUUCACUUUGUAUUUCUAGAAAACCUAAAAUAUCCCAAGUAAAAAUGAUUUGUAUUUUAAAGUGACUAUUUACAGAAGCAAAACUCCCAAUUCUGUGUGUAUGAGAAGGAUGUCCUGGUCACGUGCAGGAAAGCCUCUCACAUGCACUGUUUUUCCUAUCUGGAAUGACAUAAGCUGACACUAGUCUCUUUGAUUUAAAAAAAAGAAAUCAUAAUGUCAAUACGAUCAAGGUAUAACCACUAUCAAUAUUUAGGAGAAGUUUAAAAAGACCAUAAGCUGGCAUUGGAAGGAACACCAUGGUAGACUUUUUUGUAAAUUUAUUUUGUAUUUAAUUAAAUACAGUAUAAAGGCUGGUGAAGUGUAAUAUAAUUGUGUAAACAAAUCCUGUUAAUAGAGAGAUGUACAGAUUCGUUUUGUACUGUAUCUUGAAACUUGUGAAAUAAAGAAUCCACCUCUGGUUA